AUGGCUCAUGUUAAAUCGGUAUCAAUACUUCUGAUCAUCACAUGGUUCCUGCCUGUGCUUUCUGCUGAAGCCCUGAAUCUGAAAGUUCAACCUGGAGACGAUGUCACUCUGAGCUGUCAGGCUCCUGAUGUCAACAUUGAAGCAGCAGAGUGGAGCAGAACUGACCUGAAAAAAGAAGAAUAUGUCUUCUUCUACCAAGACGGGCACAUUGACUCAGUCAAACAGCAUCCAUCUUUUAAGAACCGGGUGGAGGUGAAAGACAAAGAGAUGAAGAACGGCAACCUGUCUGUGAUUCUGAAGAACGUGACGAAGAACGACAGUGGAACAUACGAGUGUCGCUUUAAAACAGAAAAUGUGGAAAGCAACAUUACUGAAGCCAAGCCCACCAGCACCAUCGAGCUGGAGGUUGUGGAUCCAGAUCCAGGUGCGACGGAGGAACAGGAUGAAAGUCCAGCAGAGGAAACAGCUCGGCUGGGUCAACACGAUGAAACGAAUGUUGUUGUGAUUGUUAUUGUUGUUGUUGUUAUUGUUGUUGUUUUACUUCAGCGCCUAGCCCCCCAGCCUCCAGACGCCUUGGAGGGUCAACGCUCAGAUUCCGAGACCCGGGGCACUCAGGGACGCGAAAAUCAUGAGAGGCCACUGAGCAGACCAGUGGGUUCACCUCUGCUGACCACUGGAAUAGGAUUGAGAAUGAGGAUGUUGCCGGGGGGCAGCAGAGGAGCUUCUGGGCCCACUGAGGACCGACACAUCCCUAUGAAGGUCCGACAGCUACUGCCUGGUUUGCCUGGCUUGAGCAGUCCGCUCUAG